GGGAUGUGAAUAUAAAAGGAUUGAGGAAAAUGGCCUCCAAAACGUCAACGGCCCACUGGCAGCUCAGACUGGAAUUCCCACAUCUGCCAUUUUUCUCAGUCCAUGCAGAGGUGGAUCUACUCUGGGAUUGUGGGAAUGUGUAAAAGAACAUUGUAAUUUGAUCGGGCCGAUGGGUCUCGCUGGAUUUCUAUCGGAUUGAUAGCAAUCAGUUAGGAAUUCGGCAUCUUCAAUUCGUGCCGAAUUCAAGAGCUUUUGUUGUCAUUUCAGAGGUCAAAAAGAAAAGGCGCCAUACAAAUAUAUAUGGAUGAGUUGCGGCAGAUUGGGGAGGUUGUGGGGAGCCUGAAGGCCUUGAUGGUUUUAGAACAUGAAAUUCAAAUAAACCAGAGGCAAUGUCGUCUUCUGGCCGACAUUUUCUUUCUGGCUUUUGACACAAUCUCAGAUGAAAUCAGACAAAACUUGAGACUGCAUGAGAGGAACACAAAGUGGAAAGUGCUUGAGCGGCCAUUGAGAGAACUUCAUAGGAUUUACAAGGAAGGGGAAUCAUAUGUUAAGUACUGUCUAGACAUCAAAAAUUGGUGGGGAAAAGUCAUUACUCUUCAUUUGAACAGUGACUGUGUUGAGUUCCAUAUCCAUAACUUGCUAUGUUGUUUCCCACUCGUUAUCGAGGCCAUCGAGACAGCUGCUGAGAUCUCAGGAGGUCUAGACGGUGAAGAAGAUGGCGAUAUCGGGAGGAUGAGGGGAGUUGCACUCAUGAGCAAUAAGUAUGGAUCAGACUGGAUCGACCAGAAACUUUUCAUGUGGAAAUUUGGGAAGCAGUAUCUGGUCCCAAGAGACAUUUGCAUCCGCUUGGAACGGGUCUGGAGGGAAGACAAAUGGUCUCUCCUUGAAGACAUCAGAAAACAGAAGAACAGCAAACUAGGAGAAGGGUUAAUCAAGAAGUUGGACGAGUUUCCAAACGCUAACCUUUUGCAUAGUUCGAUCUUGCUGAGAUCAAACGACUAUUCUGUUAAAAGGCGUAUCGGAUCCGGGGGCACGACCCAUCUCAAGGAGAUCAACUGGUUGGAUGAGAGCUUCGCAUUGAGAACCUUUUAUGGAGAUGCCAAGGAACCACAUAUUGCUGAGGAGAUUUCUUUGUUGCUCUCACUUUCUCAUCCAAACGUACUGCAAUACCAUUGCGGUUUCUAUGAUGAAGAGAAGAAAGAGGGGUUUCUAUUGAUGGAUCUAAUGAGCAAGAGCCUUGAUGUGUUAGUAAAAGAGAAUAAUUAUUCUCCAAGUCAGAAGAAGAGAGUAGUGGCAUUUUCUAUCCCGAUUGCAGUGGAUAUCAUGCUUCAGAUUGCAAGAGGGAUGGAAUAUUUGCACUCAAGAAAGAUUUAUCAUGGGGAGUUGAAUCCCUCAAACGUACUACUCAAGCCGAGAAACUUCUCUGCUGAAAGUUGUUAUUUCCAUGCAAAGGUGGCUGGGUUCGGGUUAUCCUCCAUCAAAAGAAACUAUACAUACAAAACCUCCCCAAUGCCCAAUGGAUCCAGCUUGGUAUGGGCCGCACCAGAAGUUUUGGAUGAAGGUGAAGAUCAACAUGGGAGCAAAUGCUUAGGCGAAGAGAACAGGUGCUUAGCCAAGAAGUACUCAGAGAAGGCUGAUGUGUACAGCUUCAGUAUGCUUUGCUUUCAGCUUCUGACAGGGAAAGUUCCAUUUGAAGAUGGGGAGAGACCAAUAGGAGGGAAAAUUGGAAGAUACUUGAGAGCUGGGGAGAGGCCACUUUUUCCUCAUCCCUCACCAAGAUACCUUGUGAACUUGAUUAGAAAAUGUUGGCAAACCGAUCCAACCCUUCGUCCGAACUUUUCAUCCAUUUGCAGGGUUCUCCGUUACAUCAAGAAGGUUCUAAUUAUGAACCCCGAGCACGGCCAACCUGACUAUCCGCCUCCACCUGUUGAUUAUUGCGACAUUGAAGCUAGUUACUCCUCCAAGAAGCUCGAAGCAUCAGAUGGUGGAAUCUGUGUGGCAUCAGAGAUUCCUUUCCAGAUGUUUGCUUAUAAGGUUGUGGAGAAGGAAAAAACAACAGUGGGGUGUUUUAAAGAGAAUCCAGAUUCUUCAUUGAAUGAAUGUGUCGUGGGAAUUGUAGAUGAUGAUGUCUUCUCAGAUAUAAUUGACACGAAAGAUUUACAAACAUCCAUUGAUCAAAGAUCAGUUAUGUCUGAGGUGGUACAAGGUAAAUCUUCAGCUGAUCAGAGAUUAGCCAAGACCCCAGAAAAGAAAAAUCUAAGCAACGGUUUAAGAUUAUUAACCACAAUCCCUGAAAAGAAAAACCUUUCCUUCUCAGAAAUUGGUCAAUCCUCUGCUGCUACUCUCGAGAAAGCAACUGCUGCUUCAAAACCAGCAAAUUCAAAGUUCCAAGCUAAGGACACUCCCUACAACAAGAGAUUUAAAGACACGAAAGCAGGAAAACUAAGAGAUCAGUCCCCAGUACCUUUUCCUGGAAGGAUUACCAGAGCGUAUUCAUCACCGGGAUUUUCAGCCCCAGGGUUCACCAGAACAUCUUCAUCACUGGUUGCUUCACCAAUACAUCCUCAGAGAGCUUGCUCUUCACCGUCAAGAGGUCCUCCAGCAAGGACAACGGACUGCCAAUCUGUUGUGAGCCUAAGGGGACAGAGGAAAGCACAAGAAAAGGAUGCAGAGAUACCCUAGCCCAUCUUCCACUGUCCUUAUAUCACACAUAUGACCAUGUUUGCUUAAACCUUUCUUCACAUAGUUUAGGCUCCUCCAACACAUAAAUUUGGUUUAAACUUAAAUUUUAACCUUUUUGUGAAAUUUUUGUUCCAUAUACCCCCAGGUUAGAGAUUAAGCUACAUUUGGACCUUCCACUCCUUUGCCACUGCCAAAAUGCAGGAUAAUGUACAUGUAUCUUUC